GCCUCCCGCACGGCUCGGCCCGGCCCGGCUCUCCCCGCCCCGAGCACAGCGCGGGGGGACCGCCCCGGCACCCUGCCGCCGAGCCGGGAGCCGAGCCGGGAGGGCCCGAGGGAUGGGGCUCGGCGUGGUGGAGCUUCAGAGGCGCUCAUCGGGGAAGCGAACGCCCGGAGGAAGACGACAAGGAGCUGCAGUCUGACCCACGCGGCCAGCAUGGCUUAACCGGACGGAGUGGGGGCAGGCUGGGCGAUGGCGACGCUGGGGGAAGGCCGGUGGGGCCGCCUCGUCCUCAGCAUAGACAUGGGUGCUCAAACGGAGGUCCCAGAGAUCUUGGGUCUGAAAUCGCCCUCUUUAUCCUGUCCUACAACAGAGGAGAGAGCAACAUGAGUGCCUCACAUGGGCACAUUUCUUCAGUUUGCUCCAUAAAAAACCUGCAAAGUAGGUCAGUGGCGGAGUAAGAAACAAAGCAGCAGCACUGACAUCUCUGGAGGAGGCAGGUGGGGCUCUGGUGACUGUCCCCGCAGUUGCCGGUCCUGCUGGGUUAGCUGCCACCGCACCGCGCUGAGCCGGCCUCUUCCCCCUCUGCUCCCCCGUUCCGGGGCGGCCGCGGGGCGAUGAAGCUGAACGAGCGGAGCGUGGCCCACUACGCCACCUGCGACUCGCCCACCGACCACGCCGGCUUCCUGCGCAAGCGCGUGGAGCGCCACCACCACCAUGCCCACCACGGCACCUCCUACCAGCGCCGCUGGUUCGUCCUCAAGGGCAACCUCCUCUUCUACUUCGAGGAGCGGGACAGCCGGGAGCCCGUGGGGCUGGUGGUGCUGGAGGGCUGCACCGUGGAGCUCUGCGAGGCCGCCGAGGAGUUCGCCUUCGCCAUCCGCUUCGACGACGCCGGCGCCAAGGCCUACGUGCUGGUGGCCGACGGGCAGGCUGCCAUGGAGGCAUGGGUGAAGGCGCUGUCGCGGGCCAGCUUCGACUACAUGCGGCUGGUGGUGCGGGAGCUGGAGAAGCAGCUGGAGGAGGCCUGCACGAGCUUGGCCGCUUGUCGCAAGUCUCCGCGGAGGUCCUCGGGCAGGAAGCGGCACCUCUCCAACCCCGCCUUGCUGCCCGUCCAGGAGAAGCCUGCCGUCCUGGAGAACGGGUACUCCACGUGGGGCAGCGGCCCUGACCGCGACGGGGGGCACUUGAAGCCCCCGCCUCUGCCUCCGCGCCGGCGCUCGGCUGCCGGCAGCACCGCGGGGUCCCCAGCAGCCGGCCUCUCGCCCUCCUUGCAGGAGAGCCCGGUGUCGCCGGAGACGGCCUGCUUCGCCAAGCUGCACCACUGGUACGGGCAGGAGAUCGCGGCGCUGAGACGGGAGUGGCAGGAGAGGCAGAAGAGGGGACACCCGUGACCUGGGAAUGUGGAAUGCAACGUGCCGGCUGGUUUCUGGCAGAGCAGAGCAAGGGAUGCUGCCUGCCCCCUUCCCUCACCGGCAACCGGUGUGUGGCACGUGGCUGCCUGCGUGCUGCCUGGCCAUCCGGGAGGGAUGUGUGUCUUCCCCAGGCCUCGCCUGGCGUUUCCUCCGUAGCAGCGAGCCUCAUGCUCUUUCCACUGAAACAGGCGGGCUCAGUGCCUUGCCAUCCUGGUGUGGCAGAUGCAGCGUUUUGUUUUCCACCUCUCCUUCGCCAGUUGCUUUGGUUUUGUUUCUCAGCGUGGAGAUUUGCACAGGUCACCAGUUAUUAUUGUCUGUGGUAUUGAAGCCCACUGAAACCCAUCUGCCUUCGCUUUUUGGCUGCAGAUAAGACUGGACUCUUACAAAAUGCCUCCGAUGGGCCGCUUUGUGCCUCCUUGGUCACGCGCAGGCCUUACGAGGACGCGUCUGAGAUGCCAUGGCUUCGGCUGGCCCAGGAGCCAUGGCUCACCUCGACGGGUGCUCGCUUUGGCCUGGCGGAGCGGCUGGCACGAGCUGCAUUUCCUGGGGCUUCUGGCUGUGCGGCAGCGUCAGGCCUGGGCAGGUGGGACCCCAUGGUGGGAUUGUGAGUGGUCACAGAGCUUCCUCUGACCCUGAUGAGCAGCUUCCCCAGCAGGGUGGGGAGUGGGCCUGUGUACCAAGCCACAGCAGAGCUGUAUUCACAAACAUCGUUGUUGUUUUUUUAAGUUUUCAUCUGCCCCAGCAGCUCCUCCCUUCUAUGUCCCUCAGGGUGCCCUCUGGUGUGUGUUUCACAAGCUUGUAUCUGCUUCCUGGGGCACCCAAUCUCGUCAUCGAGGCUUAUGGGGACAGCAGAAGGAAACAUGGAGCUUGAUCUGAAGCUUGAUCUGAAGCAACAGAGAGGAUCAGGAGCUCAUUGUGUCCGAGUUGGGCUCUGACUACCUAGUGGUAGUCAAGCCUAUUUGUUUCUCUGGGUCAAGUCUUCCCUGUUACAAAACAGGAAUGCUACAGGCUGUUUGUCUUCCCCAGGGGUGAAUUUAUCAGCCUCUGCACCGACUGUAGAAAGUGCCAUAUAGGGCUCUGCUUGCUAGUCAGAUGCUGGAGACAGAGUCCAGAGCUACGCUUGUGCAAGGCCUUUUUUGAUGUUGUGCCUCUGCCAGGUGCUCCGGGGAGCUGGGCAGAGCCAUGUAGCUGGAGAAUAGGAAGGACAUCAGCAGGCUCUGGAGGAGUGGGGUCAAGGACAGGGGCUGGCUGCAGGAGGCCCAGAGGUGCAGGAGUGAGUUACCAGUCACUCCCUGGCCCUGUGUGUCAGCAGCGUUUGGACAUGCCUUGCUAGUGUAAAAGCCAUAUCCUACCAAAGCCAGACCCUGACCUACUGGGGCUUCCCUCCAGUUUUGUGUCAGCUUCACAGGGCUGAUCGCAGGAGCACGUCCCAUGUCAUUAUCCACUAGGUCAGAAGCCUUAACCAAAAGGCAGACAGUACAAGUACAUGGUGCUGAGUCUAGCAGUCCAAGGACUAGGACACCCUGGAGAGGGUGUUUAUAAAUCUCCUCACUUGUCCUCUUGGCAAGGGCUGUUUUUCAAAGGAGAAGAAUAUAUGAAACUAUCUUGCCUUUCCCAUGUUCUCUGAAAGUGUUAAACCUGUUUUUAUUGCCCUGUUCCACAGCAGUCUUGCUAGGAAAACAGCGUGUUAGUCUGUUACAACUGGUGGGUACCCAUUCACCUUUCUGGAGCUGAAUGCACUCAGCCUAAUACUUUGCAGUAGCCAGUAGAGAUUGUCAGAGGCAGAAAUCAAAUGGCUUACGUUAACUUUCAGUGCCUUUGAAAAUGUGUCUUUGGUAGUUUUGGAUGACAAGCUUCCUGCCUCCUGCCUAGUUAUGGUGUGCCGGGGUGUUAGCGUAAAUGAGAUCUUAGAUCUGGCUUUGGACAGUGGGAGUGUGACCUUCACAUACGAAUGGUGCAAUCCAACCCCCUCUAGUUCACGUCUGUAUUUCUUCAUAGUAGAGAACUUCAAGGUUGGUAGGAAUUUGUUGUUGUUGUUUUACUUAUUAAGUGAAAACAGUAAGGAGAAAGGAGGAGCAGGAGGGCCAGGAGUAGGUCUGUGUCCAUCAGGAAUGUUUGUGACUCCUGAAUCCUGUGUGUGUGGCAGCAGCAUCAGAGGCUGGCAUUACCUGGUGCCUCUGCUUUCUGAGCGGGGGUAUUUUGGGGCCAGGAUCAGAUUUGGUGAGCGCUCUCUUUCCCCCUCUCUCUCUCUUCCUAUCCCCCCCCAAUACAGAGAGAAUAUUCGUGAUGUCUCAGACUUACGUAAGGAAGUUUGACGGUAAAGAUUUAACUUCCAAAAUAAAUCAAAAUGUGAUGGGUGUUCCUACAUGAGACCCAAGAAUCAGGAGUGACUUAAAAGAGAAAAUAAAUUAACAAAGCCUGUCCUGUCAGAAUUGGACCUGAAACAGUAUCAUUCAUUUAAGAGCAAUUUCACUUUUAAGAAGCUUAGUUUGUUUAAAUAAGCUAGGAUUGUGCUGGUAACGCUACUAAAGAGCUUAUAUUUAAUGCUUUAAUAUGUCCCAUUCAAAUCACACAAUUUCCACGCUACCUGGCUUUGCAUUAGUACAUACUCCAACUAAAUCCUAAAUCCCGCAAAUGAGGAACUGUGCUCUCCUUUAUGUCCAACUGCAUUUUAAGUAAUUUUAUGGGGUUUUCUACAGCACUGAGAAGAAAAUGGCAGAAUCUUGCAAAAUAUUUGUGCUUGGCCCAACAGUCUAUGCAUGGGCAUUGGUUAGGACUUGAAAGUGCUGUGUGACUUUUGAUGCAUAUGGUCAGGGCUUCCUUUCAAUCCCUGUCCAGCCCAUUACAUAGCAGGGCCUGCCCUUUCAUGACUAAAAAAGAGCCAUAAUCGGAGCCAUCCUCAAAUUUGCAUGCGUCUGCAGAUUUUUUGGCUGCCCACCGCCACUCGCUUCAUUAGGCAGGAAACACCUAGGCGCUCUGAGACAUCAAACCAGCUCAUCUGCGGGUCAGCUGUGCUGGCUGUGCCUUUGAAGCAGCCCCCAGGCAGAAGGUCGGGAUUUCUGCUUCCUGAGAUUGCACACUUACCUGGCUAAUGGACCGUGCGCGCUCUGUAUCUGCAGGCAGAGAUCAUUACAGGAAAAGGAGCGAGUUUUCGCUGCUCGCUAGCGCAUUGUCCCCUGCAGCAAAAUGAGACUGAUUGCCACGCGCUGUUUUUCUCCAGUCUUUCAGGUCUGGGCUGCUUCACUUUCCACCUUCUUUCCUUAUUAUUUUUUAAAAAUAGAAAGUGUCUGACCAGCACAAAACAGGAUCCUUAGCAAAGGGGGACUGAAUGUUUUAAAGCUAAAUGGCUACUUUUCUUAAAGUACCGAAGGCAACAUUUAAGAAUUUUCCUUGGAAUAAUAAUGCAAAAGUGAUGAGAGAAAAAUGCAUGUAUCUGAAUGCUUGAAUUUAAAAGAAUUUGAAGACUGAAGGAAGUGAGGGAAAUUGUGACAGCUUUUGUAAGCUUUGCCAGGAAGGGAACCCAAACCUGUUAAAACAGUUGAUGAAAUCCUUAUACUUUUCUGUGGAUGGGAUUCCACAUUCAGGCCUGUAAUACAUUGUUUUAUUUACGCACAUUUGUCUUUUUAUGAAACGUCUGUUGUGAUGUUUUCCACUUGAUCUGAAUCCACGUCCUAGCGAUGAGUAACCUGAAGCGUCUACCACUGGCCGCCGCUUGCCAUUUGGGACAUUCGUGACUAAGAACGGACAAAUGCUUUCCAUUACAAGUUACCGCAUUCAUAGUUUAGGGCUUGGUCAGCCCCUGAGCUCAGCCCUCACUGCCUUCACGGAGAAACUUGAGAAAUAAACCCCACUGAAACAUGCUGGGAUCUGCGCGAAGCUCCAGUUUCAGUGGCAACUUUGCACCCAGCGUACUUCAGGACCUGCACAAGUAACGACACUACAAGCAAUUUGUGGAAACACUCCUGUCUUUUGAAGUGCUUAUAUUCCGAGUAUAUAACGUGUUCUUUUUCGGAGGCGAGUUUGCAUGCGCCUUUUUUAUUUUUAUUUUUUUUUUAUUUUUACAUGCAGAACUUGUGUGUAUUAUGCAUUUCAACACUGUAACCACUUGUAUUUUACGCCGGCCAGCUGAAUAAACCACUUCGCGUUUGUUUGUAA